GAAAUCCAGUCUCCGUCUCUUGUCCUGGCUCCCUAGCUUUGGACUCUGAACUCCAGACCCUCUUGCCCCCCCCUGCCUUUUUGGACAGAACCCUCUACUACCUGGCUCUGUACAGGUGCCCCAUACACAGGAUGGCUCUCUUAGGCAAGGCAUCUGUUGGCCUGAGACCAUCUCUUUGCCAUCUCAUUCUUCUCCUUUUUGUUGCACCUUUGCUCAGCUCAGCAACUGCAGAAACGUGGACUCCAGAAAGUUACCACGAUGAUGCUUUUCCUCCACUUUGGCAUCUUGCUCCUGGAAACUUGGAAGAUUAUCCAAUACAAGGCAAUAAAGUAGUGGUUGCUGCCUGGAAUUACAAAGAAAGAAUGGGACUGUACAAACUAAUGCUAAAUCAUUCAGCUAAAUAUUUUGCAGCUCUGGGGGCCAAUAAUGAGGGCAAUAUUCUCUGGGGUUUGCCACUGCAACAUGGUUGGCAAUACCGGUCAGGCAGACUAGCAGAUCCUCUUCAUUUUACAUCCUGUGGCCACAAAGAUGGAGAUAAUCUGUGCUUAUCUGUACACAACUGGUGGGCUUGUGCAAAUUAUGCCCUAUCGAUUAUCCCAUUUCUGGCAGCUGUAGAAAGUGGUUUCUUUGGAAACUUACCAUAUGAAAUAGAAAUGCUACCACCAGAUAAGCAAAAAACUGACUUUUGUCACAACAUUGUGGAAUGCAACAAUCAAGCACCAAAAGUCAUGGCUGGGUGGAGGGAAUACUUCAAGUAUCUCUUAUUUACUGCACGAAACCCUGAGGCAUUUUCCUUCUCAAAAGAUGAAGCACUGAAAUAUAUGUGGAAAGCUCAUGUUGCCUCCCUCUCUUAUGGACUUCCCAAGUGUCAAAAUCGACUGAAAUUCCUCAGUGGCCCAGAAAGUGCUUUUGGAGAAGACUGGGGUAGUGCAGUGGACUUCAUUGCAGCCACACAUUUUUCUACAGACCAGAAGACCACAAACCAUUUCCAAACUCGAUUACCACCACGAAAACUCAUUGAAGAAGACAGAGCCCCACUGAUUGCCGACUUUACCUCUGAGCAGAAUAAAGUGUUGGCUAUGCUUUCUUCUCUUCGCAAGACAAAUGAGAGAAUGGGAGGAACUUUGUUGGGGCUAUGGAAAAUGGCAAUGUCCACAGAAGCUGGAAGGAAAGCAGGACGUGCCUUUAUUGAAAAUUUUUUGUAAGAACAAUUACCCAUCUCUGGACAAUGCUUAGUUUCUACACAAGUCUGCUUGUCUUAACUAUGUAACAGUUUGUCAAUGUUUAUCCAAUUGAUUAUCCAAAUAGUCUCUAAUGAUGUAACAAUCUAAAUCUGUAUGUGGAAAUGUUGGUCUUUGAAUUUCUGAUUUGAUUUGCUCAUUGCUUUGGAUACUUUUUACACACAGAAGUACAUCCAUAAAUAAAAGAAGAAUAAAGUGACACUUAUCUUUAUAGAUCCAGAGGAGUUAGCCAUGUUAGUCUGUAGUAGCAAAAUAGUAGAGUCCAGUAGCACCUUUAAGACUAACCAACUUUACUGUAGCAUAAGCUUUCGAGAACCACAGCUCUUUUUGUCAGAUGCAUGGAGGGUAUGAAGAAACUGACCAGAUAUAUAUAGGUGGUGAGGGGAGGGGGGAGUAGAUGCAAUCAGUUGCAAAAGUCAUGAAAGAGGGGGAGCGCACACUCCAGGCUGGCUGUGACCCUUCCCCUCUGGAAUUAUAAUGGAAUGCUGAAAAUAUAAAUGAAUCACAUUUAUUUCCUUUGCUUAAUUUAUAAUAAA